UAAAUAAUUAACCUGCAUGAAUAUACCGUUGAGGGCGCUAUAGCUGCAGCUGAUGAACGAGCAAAAAUGACACAAACACUGUCCAGUAGGAAGAGAAAUCGAGACUUGGAGGAUUCGGAGCUGUUACCAUCUCCGAAGAGAACUGACUUCAACUUCAACAGUUCCCCUUUGCUGAAUGGUCAUUCAGAUGGGAAUGAAGAGCCUGUUGGCUCGAGUAGAUAUUCUGAGACUGAUGCUUGUUUCAACGGCCAGCCUACCCCGACACAUUCAAGACAUUGUCCUGUACAGCAAGCAACACCUUCCAUGUUACUACAACACACAAACAACCAUAGCCUACCCUUGAACCAUCCCCCAAAUUCCAAGAAUGAAACCUACCUAGACUCCUCCACCUGUACAGCGCUCAGCAAUCUCCACCUUAUACCCGGGGACCAUACUGAGGUGCCAUCAUGUAGUCAUGAAACACUAGCUUUGGAAAAUUCCAUCUAUAGGGACAUUAACAGGGUUCUACGAGAGGCACAUUUCUCCAGAUUAUCAAGGCUUAAUGGUGCAUUCAGAGAAUGAUGUGGAAUAACCACUACACUUCCAGAUGCAAUAUUGAGCCAUUUUAAACUAAGCUUUUGACUGACACAAAUUGUGGUAAAAGGUCACCAGCAUGUCCCUAAUAGUUACUGAAUUCCACUCAAACCUGUUCCACGUGCAGAUCAUCAAUUUUAAACUCCCCAUUUCAACAGAAAAAUAUGAAUUUUUUCUUAUUGAAUAAAGAAAUUCAAAUGCAGUUACAAAAAUAAAACAAAACCACCGAAAACAAGGAAACAAAGCACAAACAAAGCAAAAGGUUCUUGUGGCCAAUCUAUGUAGAGCAUUGUAUCUAUAAACUGGGCAUGGGCAGAAAGGGGAUUAUGUAUUAAAAACUUAUUCGUGUAGGAUUCAACAUCCUGUUGGUUUCAUUCCCAGUAUAAUCUUCAUUCUGGCUCAUACACGGAUGUGGAACUUGUUUUGGAACCUAAUUAAAGCUAGAAAGUUUUAACUGUUGUGGACAUGUUGGUUACAAGAGAGAAACUGACUAGCCCUGUAACUCUGUUACUGUGUUUUUAGUAUUGCAGGU